AUGCCUGGUGGAAUUUAUUCUGACGCGAGUCCUGGAAUUUUAGGGCUAGAAAUGUCACUGAACCACAACAUACCACCACAAAACACUAAUCAGAUGCGGCCGCAUAAACCCAUGGCGGCUUACGGCCAUCGGGAGGGUGAAUACCGCCCACAAACUCAGCAAUCUGUGAAACAAGGACACCCAUAUGUUGGAAAGGCCAAGAAUCAAACUUUGACUUUCAGUGAUGAUGAUGAUGAUCAUGGACCAGAGAAUACUUCUGAUGAUGGGAAUAUGAGAAUGUCUCCUUGGCAAAGAGUGAAAUGGAAUGAUAAUAUGGUGAGGCUGUUGAUAAUGAUUGUGUUCUAUAUUGGGGAUGAAGUUGGGUCGGAGGCUAAUGAUCCGGCUAAUAAGAAGAAGGGUGGAGGGGUCUUGCAGAAGAAGGGGAAAUGGAGAUCGGUGUCGCGGGCAAUGAUGGAAAAAGGGUUUUAUGUGUCUCCACAGCAAUGUGAAGACAAGUUUAAUGACUUGAAUAAGAGGUACAAGAGGGUUAAUGAUAUUCUUGGGAAGGGAACUGCAUGCCGGGUGGUGGAGAAUCAGAGUUUGCUCGAUGCUAUGGAUCAUAUAUCGCCCAAAAUGAAGGAAGAAGUCAAGAAAUUGUUGAAUUCUAAGCACUUGUUUUUCAGGGAAAUGUGUGCUUAUCAUAAUAGUUGUGGUAAUAGUGGUGGUGCUAGUGGAAGUGGAGCCGUGGGUAAUCAACAUUCACCUGCAGAGGUGGUGGCAGAACCAUCCCAUACUCAGUUUCAGUCACAGCAGCAGAGGUGUUUACAUUCAUCUGUGAAUGCAUCAGUUAUACCUAACUUGAAUAAAGGAGAAAAUGAGGGAUCUAAAUUGGCAAAAGGAGCAAGUGGCGAAGAAGAAGAUGAUGAUGAUGAGGAUGACAAUAAAGAUGAUGGUGACAGCUUUGAAGAAAACAAUGAGGUGGUUGACCGAGGAUCAAGAGGUCAUGACCAUGUCCAUGAGGAUGACAAUGACACGGAUGGAAGAUCUUCGAGGAAGAGGCAGAGGAAGAAUGUAUUCGAUUCGCCUUUGAUGCAGCAAUUGAAUAUGGAAUUGAUGAAUAUAUUGCAAGAUGGAACUAAGAACCCCUUUGAAAAAAGACAGUGGGUAAAAGCGAGAUUGAUGCAGUUGGAAGAUCAGCGUGUUGGCAUCGAGUGUCAAGGUUUUGAGCUUGAAAAGCAGCGAUUAAAAUGGUUGAAAUUUAGUACCAAGAAGGAGCGAGAAAUGGCGAGAGAGAAGCUUGACAAUGAGCAAUUAAGGCUUCAGAAUGAGAGAAUGGUUCUUCUAAUUCGCCAGAAGGAGCUCGAGUUGCUUGGACAUCAUCACUACCAGCAGCUGGCAUCAAACAAGAUGGGAGAUCCCUCCUCCAUUACUAGAUAA